UACUCAUGAAUAGUACUCAAGAAGAGAUCGUUUAUGCAUCGAUAAAAUCUAUGUAUGAUGUUGAGAAAAACAUUGUCAAAUAUAUAUUCCCUAAUGAUGUAUUGCCAGGAUAUUACAACAUAAAAUUAGUUUAUAAUAUAACUGAAGAUACAGGCCUAAAAACCUUUUAUAAAAGAGAUGAGCGACAAUGGUUUGCAACGUAUGUUGAUCAUAUUGGGAUCCAACACAUGAUUCCGUCUUUACCCGAAUCUUUAAGUGGAAUGUCCUAUAAGCCCAUCUACAAUAUUAUUAUCGAACAUUAUCAAAACUAUACAGUUUUAUUAAAUCCACUGAUACAAACAAAAGAAUGGAAUGAUAAAAACAUGACGAAGACAUAUUUUCAUACAUUUAUAAAGCCUAUUUAUCUACUAUUUCUCAACCGAAUUAAUUUAUCUUUUAUGCCUGGUACAAAUGAAAGUGUCAGAGUUAAUAUGUGGUGUAGAAUGCAUUGCGAAUUUGCACACCAAUUUGUUGGAAAUAUAACAACGUACUUGUUCGAUAAAUGGAAACGUUUGAAUCAAACUUGGGAAAUAAAUCAUAUUGCACUUCCGGAUUUUCAAAACGAAAGCAUUAUAAAUUUAGGACUUAUUCUUUACAGAGAAGCAGAUAUUAUCUACAAUGACAAUGUAGAUUCUGUUGCGACUAAAAUCAAAGUUGCCCGCUUUAUGGCUCAUAAAAUAAUACAGGAAUGUUCUUAUUAUGAAAAUCCACUUUGGUCGUUAUCCUCUUUGUUAAAUGAGGCUAUUGUCGCAUUUCUUGGAUUAUAUGUCACCAAUCAGGCUCUCCCAAGGACCCAGAUGAUGAACUUGUUUAUGGUACAAAUUCAACAGGAAUCCCUUCAUUUCGAUACUGAAUAUAAUACAUCACUUUAUAAUACACCAUUCAAUAUUUCUUUUGAACAUUACAGUUUUAUUAAAGUAUCCAGUAUAUUGCGUAAAUUUCAAAGAAUGGUUACUACAGAGAUAUUUUGGCAGAGUAUCCGUAUAUAUGUAAAGGACAACAAAUCAACUUUUAACUAUUUUGGUGAAAUUGUGAAGAACUUUUCGUCCAUUCAAAUAUCUACAGACAAUUUAUCUACUAUAAGCCAGCUAAUUAUUUCUCUACCAAAACAAAAAUAUUGUGAUGUUAGGUCAGUGAAAUUAGAAAAAGAUUAUAAUCAGUCUAUCAGACAGUUAAAAGUAACGAUAUACAGUAAUUAUUACAUACCUGAAUCGUUUCAUAUAAAGUUCGGUAACAUUGUAAUACAUAAUACAGAACAAUCUAAUUAUUAUCGAGUCAAUUAUGAAAUCGAGAACUGGCAAAGAAUUGUAAAAUUUCUAAAUUUUUAUAAUUAUAAGAAAAUACAUGUUUUGAAUCGUGCUCAAAUUAUCGAUGACGCAUUCCACUUAAUGAUAACAGACCAACUUAAUUCCACUGUAUUCUGGAAUAUUACGAAAUAUCUAUCACGAGAAACAGACUACAUCGCAUGGUAUCCUAUGUUCAAAGCUUUAGAAUAUCUGUCCAAUAUCUUUCUAUUUCGGGAACAAAUAUAUUUAAAUAUCAAGGAACACGAUCUUAAAAAGAGUUUGAGAAUGGAGGCUGCGAAAUGGGCAUGUAAUCUUGAUGAUCGCAUAUGCAUAAAAGCAGCCCAGAAUAAUUUAAAUCGACAUCUCGCAGAUCCCGAAAAGAACACACUUUUGCCAUGGUGGAAAGAAUGGACAUACUGUCAAGGUUUAAAAUUAUUGAACUAUUCUCUUAGCAAUUCUCUUAACGAAGAUUCUCAUUUGUGUAGAGUAUAUCGUCUGGAAAAAGAAAAAUUUAAAACUAAAAUUUUAAAAUAUCUGUCUUGUCCUGAGGAUUCACAAUUUAUCAAAGCCGCUUUAAAUCCAAUAAAAAAUGAUAGUAUAACAUCGAUUAUGUUUUUAGAAGAUUUUUCCGAUAAAGAUUAUAUUAAUUACUUUCUUUUUACUAUCGCGAAGCAUGCAAGGAAUCCUGUAGUACUCGACAUCAUAUUAGAAAAACUUGAGAACAUAAGACCCAGACAAGUCAGCGAGCAUGUAACAUUUACUGUUAUUAUUAAUCAUGUGUAUUCUGUGGAACAAUUGAUAAAGAUAAGCAAAUUAGCAGAAUUCUACAGACAUAUGGCAAAUUUACCAAUAUAUAUCUAUAUAGCCCAACAUAUUUCAAAUAUUCAAAGCAAGAUACGAAGGCGCAUUUUCGAAAUCAAAUGUCAACAGGAUUAUUUUCAGAAUUUUGUAGAAUAUCAAUAAUUUCCGUUUAAUGAAAGUAACAAUUAUGACGCAAACACAUCUAUAUAUCUUUCUU